AUGAGAAGGCCAAAUGAAGUUGAAUAUAAUAAAACUGCUUUAAUGGGUAUAAUUUAAAGAUAAUCUAGCCAAUUGGUAUGAAGAUAGAUUGGCUCCUUAAUAAUUAUAAAGAGAUCCAAAUGCUACAAAAUCAGUAAUAGAAAUUUAAUAUAAAUUCAGUUACGAGGAGUUGAAGAAGGUAUCUCUAUCCCAGGAGAUAAUGGAUGUUUACUUCCUUUGCCAAGAGUGAAUCGUAAUCCACCAUAUAUUACUAAAGAGAUUAUAGUGCCAGAUGAUGGAUAUGUAUUAUUUAUAUAAACAAUUUAAAAGAGAGAAUUUAGAACAGAAUUCUAAACAAAGUUUGAUGCCAAAAAUAUUCAGAAUAUGUAAUUAGGAGAUUGUAGAUCUUUGAUAAAAACAAAUGGUGAUAAAGUUAACUUCCCAGAAUGUAAUACAACAGUUGCAUAAACUUCAGGAGCUAAAUCAAUUAAAUAAUUAGACUAAACAAAUAUGCAUUAAAUAUUAGUUGAUAGAGCAGUACAUCAAAAUUAUACAGAUUUUGGUUCUACUUUUAAAAAUCAUCCUGAAUAACAUAAUAAAUUUUAUGCUAUUACUACAUACUAAUAAUCCUUUUAAUAACCUGAAAAUAAUGUAGCAGAAAUUCUGACAGAUAAAAAGUAAAAACCAUUGGCAGCAGGUUGUAGAGAAAGAGAUCCUUUUGAUUAAGGUUUGAAAAUGACUUCUGUUAUUACAGGUGAAAAAUACAGAGACUGUAAUAAUCCUUAAUCUAAGUUUAGCCAUCGAUCCAAAAGAAAAUACUCAAGUAUAAAGACAAUGGAUUCAUUCUGGAGAUGCAGGAUUAACAACUGCUUAAAAUAAUUUAAGAUAAAGUAGUAUGGAUAAUUAUAAAAAAAAUGCUAGUUAAGUUCAUCCAUAUGAUAUUGCUACUAGUUUACCUUUAGCAGGUAAUUCUAAUAUAUUAUUUAAUUUAGAUGGAGUCUAUACUUUGCAUUCUAAAUAUACUGAUCCUGGUUAAUUUAGACAUAUUCGAAGUGAUGUCACUAGAAUUAUGAAUAAACCAAUUACAAGAAAAUGA